AUGAAGACCGCGCGCGCAGGCCCCUCCGCCCCGGGCUCGAAGCAGAUCCCGAUGGCGCAGGACCCGAACUGCCUCGCGGGCCUCUCGUUCGUCUUCACGGGCGAGCUGAGCAGCCUCUCGCGCGACGAGGCGGUCGAGCUCGCGAAGCGCUACGGCGGGCGGGUAACAGGCCAGCCGUCGUCCAAGACGUCGUACGUCGUCCUCGGGGCGGACGCGGGGCCGUCGAAGCUGAAGGCGAUCGCGAAGAAUAACCUCAAGACGCUCGACGAGGACGGCUUCUUGGCGCUCAUCGCCACCCGCAAGGAGGAGGAGGCGAUCCGGCAGAGCGCGCGGGAGAUGGAGGCGCGCGAGAAGGCCGCCUCGAAAGCCGCCGCGGCCACCGCCCCAGGAGGAGCAGGAGGAGCGGGUGCUGCGGCACGGACGGCGAGCGAGAACCUGCUGUGGACGGCGCGGUACGCGCCGCAGAGCCUGAAGGAGAUCUGCGGGAACAAGGGCCAGGUGGAGAAGCUGCAGACGUGGCUGGGCAGCUGGGCGGCGAACGUGCGGAGCGAGUUCAAGAAGCCGGGCAAGGACGGGAUGAACGUGUUCAGGGCGGUGAUGAUCACGGGCCCGCCGGGGAUCGGGAAGACGACGAGCGCGCAUCUGUGCGCGAAGCUGGCGGGGUUCACGCCGGUCGAGCUGAACGCGAGCGAUGCGCGGAGUAAGAAGCUGGUCGAGAAUAGUACGAACAUCAUGAACACGUCCCUCGACGGGUGGAUGUCGGGCGGACAGAAAACGAACGCCGCUGGUGUGACGAUCACCGACAAGUCCUGCCUGAUCAUGGACGAGGUCGACGGCAUGUCCGCCGGGGACCGCGGCGGCGUCGGCGCGCUCGUUGCGCUCAUCAAGAGGACCAAGAUCCCGAUCAUAUGCAUCGCGAACGACCGCGGCGCGCAGAAGCUCAAGCCGCUCGUCUCGGCGACGUACAACCUCACGUUCAGGAGGCCGGAGGUGAACAUGGUUCGGUCGAGGAUUAUGAGCAUCUUGUUCAAGGAGGGGAUGAAGAUCCCUGCGAACGUCGUGGACCAGCUCGUCCAGGGCGCGCAGGCGGACAUCCGGCAGGUGCUGAACAUGCUCUCGACGUGGCGACUGGCGAACAAUACUAUGGACUUUGAUGAGGGCAAGAACCUUGUGAAGAUGAACGAGAAGUACACGGUCAUGACCCCCUUCGGGGUCAUCAACAAGAUCCUCGGCCCUGGGAUGUUCUUGCCGACGACGCGCGAGACACUGGGAGACAAGAUGGAAAUGUACUUCCACGACCCGUCGUUCGUCCCGCUCUUCAUGCAGGAGAACUACCUGAAGACCCAACCCUCGCGCAUCCGGAACCUCGACGGGCCCGAGAAGACGCUCAAGCAUCUCGAGCUCAUGGACAAGGCCGCAACGUCGAUCUCAGAUGGGGACAUCGUCGACAGCCUCAUCCACGGUCCGAACCAGUACUGGUCGCUCAUGCCCCUUCACGCCGUCUGCUCGACCGUCCGCCCCGCGUCGUUCUUGUAUGGCAUGGGCGCGGGCUAUGGCGGGCCGAACGCCAUGUCGUUCCCUCAGUGGCUCGGGCAGAACUCGAAGCAGUCGAAGCUCAGCAGACAGCUAACGGAUGUGCAGGCCCGGAUGCGGCUCAAGGUGUCGGGCGACAAGUCGGAGAUCAGGCAGUCGUACAUCCCGUCCCUGUUCCCGCAUAUCGUCCAGCCGCUCAUGGAGCAAGGAGCGAGCGCGGUGGACGAGACGAUCGAGUUCAUGGACGAGUACUUCCUCACACGCGAGGACUGGGAUACGAUCGUCGAGCUCGGCGUCGGGGACCACAACGAUGCCGGCGUGCUCAAGAAGAUCUCGACGGCUACGAAGACGUCGUUCACCAGGAAGUAUAAUUCUCGGGACCACCCUGUAGCUUUCCACAAGGCAGAGGCCCUCGGGAAGGCUCCGAAGAAGCUCGCCGCGGCGGGACCUGCACCAGACCUUGAGGAGGCCUUUGACGUCGAUGACGAAGUGCCGGAGGCUGAAGAGGACGAGAAGCAGGAGACCGAUGAUGAUCCCGAACGCGACAGCCUCAUCAAAGCCCCCAAGAAGGGCAAAGCCGCCGCAGGGAAGGGUAAAGCCCCUGCCAAAGCGAAGAAGAGUUGA